AUGAAAAGACAGUUUAUAAGUUGGAAGAGACCAUCCGCAAUGUUGUUGCAACUUGAAGGCUCAACAAGAAUACCAUUCUUCCGAUACUUUUCAACAACAUGGCAUACAAAUAAUAAUAAUAACACAACAAAUACAUCAUCCAAUCAACCCAACAAUAUCACCACAUCCAACACCACAACUAACGAUAAUUUUGUCUUUUCAUUAGAAGAUUUAGAAAGAGUCAAAGAACAAUUAGUACAAACAAUAAUGACACAAGAAAAUUCAAGAAUACCAUUACCAUCUCCAGGUAAAUCAAGUGGUAAUGAAGCUAUUGAUGAAGCAACAAAACAAUGGAGAUUAACAAACACCAAAGACGAUGAAAAUUUACAAAAAUUAUUCAAAUCCACACGAACCAAACACAACACUCGUGCUGCAACGACUCUUCUCGAACAAUCACAAAUGAAUAUGGAAGGUGAUGAAAAUUCAGAUGAUUUUGAAGUGGGUGUUGAGAAGGAAGAACUUGCAAAAUAUGUCAAUCCCUAUAAUCCAGAGACUGGUGAAGUGAAUGGACCAAAAGGUGCAGAACCAACGAGAUUUGGUGAUUGGGAAAAGAGUGGAAGAUGUGUUGAUUUUUAA